CGUGAAGAUGGCCUAAGCCCUUUAGAAAGCACAUGUGUUUGCUAGUCGAAUCAGAAGGAUCAUGAUGUGAAGUUUCCAUAAAAGGCUCCGAAUGAUAUGGGUUCUAAGCCAAAGGUCGACAGAGGAGCCACGGACGGGAAGUUGACAGCAAUCCAAGCAAGAGCCAAUGCGCAGUCAAGCAUCCCCUCCGACUGCGACUAGAGCUGCAGACAAUGCGGAGAGACGUUGCUGAGUAAAAAGCCUUUGGUCCAGACGGAAGGUCCAAACGCUCUCUGAUUGACACCUUUCGUCAUGGCUGCUAGAACCGCUUCCCGGGCCUUCCUCCGCUCGACACCGGCCACUUCUUCCUUCAGACCUGCUGUCCGCAGCACUCGCUUCGCUCUUCCCACUCAAGCCUUCCGCGCUUCGGCCCGUCGUGGUUACGCUUCGGAAGCUGGUGAAGCCAAGUCCAGCAACACCCUUCUCUGGGCUGGUGUCGCCCUUGCCGGUGGUGCCGGUGCAUAUUUCUACCUCCAGGGCGGUGAUUCUGUCAGCUCCAAGAACUUUGUUCCCACCAAGGAGGACUACCAGAAGGUGUACGACGAGAUUGCUCGUCGUCUCGCCGAUGAGACUGACUAUGACGACGGCAGCUAUGGACCGGUCCUCGUCCGUCUGGCAUGGCACGCAAGUGGCACGUACGACAAGGAGACUGGUACCGGAGGCAGCAACGGUGCCACGAUGAGAUUCGCCCCUGAAUCCGACCACGGUGCCAACGCUGGUCUCAAGGUCGCCAGAGACUUCCUCGAGCCUGUCAAGGCCAAGUUCCCCUGGAUCUCCUACUCCGACCUCUGGACUCUGGCUGGCUCCUGCGCCGUCCAGGAGCUGGGUGGCCCUACCAUCCCCUGGAGGCCCGGCCGUGAGGACAGGGACGUGGCCGCCUGCACCCCUGACGGCCGUCUGCCUGAUGCCUCGAAGGAUCAUCAACACGUCCGUGACAUCUUCUACCGCAUGGGAUUCAACGACCAGGAGAUCGUGGCUCUGAUUGGCGCCCACGCCCUCGGCCGCGCUCACCCUGACCGUUCCGGUUUCGACGGCCCCUGGAACUUCAGCCCGACUGUCUUCACCAACGAGUUCUUCCGCCUGCUGGUCGACGAGAAGUGGCAGCAGAGGAAGUGGAACGGGCCUACUCAGUUCACCGACAAGACCACUGGAACCCUGAUGAUGUUGCCCGCCGACAUGGCUUUCAUCAAGGACAAGGCGUUCAAGAAGCACGUUGAGCGCUAUGCCCGCGACAGCGAUGCUUUCUUCAAUGACUUCAGGGAUGUCUACGUCAAGCUUCUCGAGCUCGGCGUUCCCUUCACCAGCAAGCCCGAGGACCGCUUCGUGUUCAAGACCUCUGAGUAAGCGGGUUCGAUGCCCUGAUGUCGCAUGCUUUUGGUUGGAUUUGGUUACAGCGCACUGCUUUUCCUUUUUUUUUCUGUAUUGAUAUCCGGCGUGUCAUUUUAGAUACUGGCCAUCAGAGAUGGUGUCUUCGUCGUAUUACUUUGCCAUGUAUAUGUGGAUAUCCACCCGACAAGUGUGUGGAAGUUUGGUAGAACAGGAUUUAACUUUUGAAUCAGACAUCUUAAACAGACUCUUCGUCGAAAAUUCUUUCCGUAUA